CCUCAACUUUCUUCCCCCUUUCCAUAAACCCUCUCUUUAGGGUUUCUUCUCCAAGCUCUCUCACUCACACCAUCGAUUCUACUCUCACUCUUCACUAUCCAAAGCACAGAUUCGAAUUCAGCUUAAGCUCCUUCUUCUUCAAGCUCUGCUAUGCGUUGAUGUAGCAAACCAAAAACAAAAAUGGUUCGUAUCUCAUCGUGCUUCUUCGUCGUGGUUCUGAUUGUGCUCUCGAUUCGAGAAGCUUCUUCGCAGUUAGGUACUGGUCCGCACAUUACUGAUGUCAAUAUACUAUUGCCUCCGAGGAUGAAGAAUCCAGUAGAGUAUCGCCUUCAAGGAAGCGAUGGCUGCUUCAAAUGGUCAUGGGAUCAUCAUGAUAUACUCUCGGUUACGCCUGAGUUUAAUUCGAGCAGUCACUGCUCCACCAGCGCUCGCCUAAAAUCGAUUUCGCCUUAUAGCGGAAGGAAGGAGACUGCAGUUUACGCCACCGAUAUACAGACGGGGAUGGUGAUUCGCUGCAAGGUGUUUAUUGACAUCUUCUCACGGAUUCAGAUUUUUCAUAACUCUAUCAAGCUUGAUCUUGAUGGACUUUCCAUGCUUAGAGUCCGCGCUUUUGAUAAUGAAGAUAACGAGUUCUCCUCACUGGUGGGUCUACAGUUCAUGUGGAAGCUAAUGCCUGAAAGUGGCGGAGGAACAACGCAUCAUCUUGCUCAUGUCCCUUUGAAGGAAUCUCCGUUGACUGACUGUGGGGGACUGUGUGGCUACUUGGAUAUCCAGAAAAAGCUUGAGGAUAGUGGGGUGUUUGCAGAUUUGUUUGUGGUGAAGGGAACCAAAAUUGGACAUGAGAAGGUUUCAGUUCAUCUGUUGGAGGCUCCCCUUACCCAUGUAGCCGAUGAAAUAGUACUAACCGUAGCAGAGGCCAUGUCACUUGAACCUCGUUCACCAGUCUAUGUCCUAAUGGGUGCUUCUUUUGGUUACACUUUAAAGGUCAUGCGUGGGAAUGUUCCUCAAGCCGUGCAUCUACCAUCAUCACAUCACAGAUGGUCUGCGUUGAACUCUUCGGUUGUUCAAGUAGAUUCUUUGAUAGGUCUGACUAAAGCAUUAAGCUUGGGGGUAACAACAGUUGUUGUUGAAGAUACCCGGGUUGCUGGCCACAUUCAAGGAUCAUCUAUUAAUGUUGUCACUCCAGAUACUUUUAUCUUGUACAUAUCACCUUGGUCAACGUCAGGGGAUCCUACUACAGAAUCGAAAUCUUUUCCGUCAUCUAUGCAUUGGUAUGUUGUCUCUGGUCGUCAAUAUCUGAUUCAGAUGAAGAUUUUCUCUGGAAGACCUGAUGCACAUGAAAUCUAUAUAACUGAGACGGAUGAUAUCAAACUGUACGGAGAAGAGACAGAUUAUUGGAAAAUCGUUUCAGUGCCAGAUGAUCUUUCCUCUGAAUAUGGUUGGCGAAAUUCUAGAAUUUUGAAAGCAUUCUCACCAGGAUUAGGAGAGCUGACAGCUGCAUUGACUUACUUCAAUGGACAUCAGAAUUCAAAAGAGGUUCUCAAGGUUGUCCAAGACAUUGUGGUUUGUGAAAAGGUGCAGUUCACAUUGAACAGUGAAGAUGACGCACCUAAGAUUCUACUUCCUUGGACCCCUGCUGUAUAUCAAGAGAUGGAGCUAAUUGUGACAGGAGGUUGUGCGAAAGCAUCGAGUGACUACAAGUGGUUUACUUCAGAUAUGAGCAUUUUGUCUGUGUCAGCUUAUGGAAUUAUCCAGGCAAAGAGGCCUGGAAUAGCCACUGUAAAGGUGGUGUCGACUUUCGAUUCACAAAAUUUCGAUGAGGUUAUUGUUGAAGUUUCCAUUCCAUCCUCUAUGGUUAUGUUGCAAAACUUCCCAGUAGAGACAGUGGUUGGAUCACACCUGCAAGCAGCUGUCACAAUGAAGGCUUUAAAUGGUGCCUCAUUCUCUAGAUGUGAUGCUUUCAACUCAUUGAUAAAGUGGAAGACAGAGAGUGACUCUUUUGUUAUAGUUAAUGCAACAGCCGAGAUGAUGAUGAUGGAAGAAUUAAGAAGCACGGAGUCCAGUCCUCCUUGUUCUCGGGCUUAUAUAUAUACUUCUUCUCCUGGCCGCACAGUGCUACAAGCAACUCUAGCAAAAGAGUUCCAUUAUUUUGAUAAGUCGUUAAGCGAAUCAAUUGAUUUGAAAGCAACUUUAAGUAUCGGGGCCUAUCUGCCACUUACUAUCCGACAAGAUAGUGAUGGGAAUCAUCAUGGUGGAUAUUGGUUUGAUAAGACACAAGAAGAAACUGAUAUUGGUGUAAGUAACCUCUAUCUUGUACCUGGGACAUAUGUUGAUGUGAUGCUUCUGGGGGGACCUGAAAGAUGGGAUGACAAUGUUGAGUUCACCGAGACUGUGACUAAAGUGAAUGAAGAUGAGGAGGACCUUACAAAUGGAGAUAACAUCCAUCACAACUUUGACCACCAUGCUAACAUGUUUAGAGUUUCGUGCCAGACGCUUGGUUCUUAUAAACUGAUAUUCCAGCGUGGAAAUCUGGUCGGGGUGGACCAUCCUUUACCUGCAGUGGCAGAAGCUUUCUUAUCUGUUCAAUGCAGCUUACCAUCCUCUGUUGUGCUCAUUGUUGAUGAACCUGUUAACAAGCUUAGUGUGAUUAGAGCUGCUAGUCAAGCUGAGAGGGCACCAGGACGACUUCGUGUAACUCCUGUGACUGUAGCAAAUGGGCAAAUAAUUCGAGUGGCUGCUGUUGGUAUUAGCGACUCUGGAGAAGCUUUUUCAAACUCAUCAACUCUUUCACUCAGGUGGGAACUGAGUAGUUGCGACAAUUUGGCUUCUUGGGACGAUGAUUAUAAUUCAAAAAUGACAAAGACUAGCUGGGAGAGAUUUCUAGCUCUUCGUAAUGAAUCUGGAUUGUGCACUGUACGGGCUACAGUUUCUGGUAUUGAUCAUUCUGGAAAAACCCAAUACUCAUCUCUGCUUCCAGAAGUGUCCGAAAGUACUCUCACAGAUGCUGUACGCUUACAGUUGGUUUCUACACUAAGAGUCACGCCAGAGUUCAACCUGGUUUUUUUCAAUCCUAAUGCCAAGGUUAAUUUGUCAAUGACUGGAGGAAGCUGUUUGUGGGAAGCAGUUGUGAAUGAUUCUCGUGUAGCAGAAGUGAUUAGACCCCCAUCUGGCCUGCAAUGCUCGCAAAUGACCCUGUGUCCAAAAGGGUUAGGGACUACACUUGUGACGGUAUAUGAUAUUGGGGUCUCUCCUCCACUUUCAGCUCUUGCGGUGAUUAAAGUUGCAGACAUAGACUGGAUAAAAAUUGCAUCUGGGGAUGAGAUAAGUAUAAUGGAAGGAAGUACACACUCCUUUGAUCUACUGACUGGCAUUGACGAUGGGACGACCUUUGAUUCUUCCCAGUACCCGCUAAUGGAUAUUAUGGUGCAUAUUGAGGAUGAUCUGGCGGAGCAUGUUUCUGUCGAUGGUAAUCCACUUUCUGUUGGUGAACACGUGGCAACUUCUUCAUUCAAAGUAGCUGCUAGACGCCUGGGAAUCACAACACUAUAUGUUAGCGCGAGACAACAAUCAGGAGAUAAAGUGGUGAGCCAAACUAUUAAAGUGGAAGUUUAUGCCCCACCAAGACUUCACCCACAAGGAAUAUUUCUUGUUCCUGGUGCUUCUUACGUGCUCACUGUUGAAGGAGGCCCAACCAUGAAUGUUUCUGUUGACUACACCACUGUAGAUAACCAAGUUGCAAAGAUCGAGAAAUCAGGACGCCUCUAUGCAACAUCACCUGGCAACACGACAAUCUAUGCAACAAUAUAUGGGAGUGAAGGUACUGUAGUUUGUGAAGCAGUUGGAAAUGCGGAAGUUGGACUUCCUGCUGCUGCAACGCUGAUAGCUCAAAGUGAUACUGUGGCUGUUGGCCGUGAAAUGCCUAUAUUUCCAUCAUUUUCUCAGGGAGAUCUUUUGUCUUUCUAUGAGCUCUGCAGAGCAUACCGAUGGACUAUCGAAGAUGAGGAGGUGUUGAGUUUCCAUGUACCGUCUAUUGACGUGGAAGAGAAUGCUGGCUUUGUCAAUGUCGUCCAUGGAAGAUCUGCUGGGAAAACCAGAGUCACCAUUGCGUUCUCAUGUGAUUUCGUGUCUCCUGGCUUCUACUCCGAAUCUAGAACAUAUGAAGCAUCAAUAGUUUUAUCCGUUGUGCCUGAUCUCCCUCUUUCUCUCGGGAUUCCUAUGACCUGGGUUCUUCCGCCAUUUUAUACGUCAUCUAGUCUAUUGCCAUCAUCUCCUGAGACACCAAAGCACAAGGAUGGUCAAAGUCACAGAGGCAAUGUAGUCUAUUCCCUAUUGAAAGACUGUAGUUCUCGGGCUGACGUCGAACGAGAUACUAUAUCAAUUAACGGCGGCAGCGUCAAAACUACAGAAAUCAACAAUGUUGCAUGUAUUCAAGCCAAAGACCGCACAAGUGGAAGGAUCGAGAUUGCUGCUUGUGUGAGGGUUGCAGAGGUUGCUCAAAUAAGAAUGAAGAGUGAAAUGAUCCCUUUCCACGUGGUGGAUCUUGCUGUUGGUGGUGAACUUGAACUUCCAAUAAAUUACUAUGACACUUUAGGAAUCGGUUUUCUAGAAGCACAUGGUGUUACUACAUACAACGUUGAAACCAAUCAUCGUGAUGUUGUGUCUAUUAAGACUGUCAAUGACCAAACAAGUGUCUACAUUAAGGGAAUAAAACAUGGUAAAGCUUUAAUUCGGGUCUCCAUUGGCGGUAAUCUGAGGAAAGCAGACUACGUUCUGGUUUCAGUUGGGGCACAUAUCCAUCCUCAAAAACCUGUCAUUCACACUGGAAAUAUGCUGAAUUUCAGCGUUACAGGUAAAAUGUCAAAUCAAAUCUACAUGACAAAUACAAUUAUAAUGCCCGUCCUGCUAAACAGAAACUUGCAAUGUGAUUUAGGGGCUGAUCAUCAAGUCUCUGGUCAAUGGGUUUCAUCGAACAGGAGUGUCCUGUCCGUCAAUGCAGUAUCCGGCCAAGCUAAAGCAAUCUGCCAAGGGUCAGCUCACGUUACAUUUGAAGGUCAUGGUUUGAAGCUGCAAACAAAAGUCACAGUGCUACUUGGAAACACCAUAUAUGUUGACUCUCCUAGAGAAACACUAACAAAUGUCCACGUCCCUACAGAAGGAUAUAGCUUUCCUGUAAAAUUCAGGGAGAAUACGUUUGUGAACGGAAACAGGAACACAUUCAACUGCCAAGUAGACCCUCCAUUUAUAGGAUAUGCAAAGCCAUGGGUGGAUCUUGACAGUGGAGACACUCGUUGUCUUUUCUUCCCAUACUCACCGGAGCAUCUGGUUCACUCAAUGUCUAGAUCAAAAGACACAAAAUCGCAUGUGUCCUUCUCCAUUAAUGCUUCAGUUAAAGAAGGUCGACAGGUGUCGGGAUCUGCGUCUGCACUUCUUAUUGGAGGGUUUUCUGUAGCAUGGCCAAACAAGUUGAAUAUAAACCCGGAUUCAAACAAGACUACAAUUUCAGUACAAGGGAACACCGAUGUUCAAAUUCACUGGCAAAACAAAGCAAGGUUAUCGAUCAGCUUGAUCAAGAGAGAAGAUUAUGGUAUCGCAGGGCGUGCACUAUACGAGGUGAAUGUGCUUAAUAGAUCAGAGCAAUUCACAGAUAUAAUAUUCAUCACUCUCCCUGCUACUGGCCAAAGUGUAGAAAUCGAUUUCUCUUAUGAUACGGGUGAAUCCUUAGUAGCGCCAUCUGUGAGAAAAGAUGGAUACCUGUUUACGAUACUAUGGGGUGUUUUAGUGGUGAUUGUAUCGGUGGUCAUCUUGAUGAAAGUGAUAGAUAGACCAAUUGGUCCAGCUGGGGCCACUAGAGUUGCAACAAACGGUGUUGCAGCAACAGCAGGAGCACCGGGAACACCAGAAAGAAGAAGUGGUGCAGUGAUAUACCAUGAGGAAUCUCCAAGAACACCAUCACCAUUUAUGGAGUAUGUCAAGAGGACUGUGGAUGAGACUCCUUACUACAGAAGAGAAGGGAGGAGGAGGUUUAAUCCUCAAAACACUAUGUAGAAUAUGUUUGUUAUGAGUAGUAAACUCUGUUUUUGUUUGUAAACCACCAAACCUUGAAAACUGUUUAUAUCAUUUGUGCAUUGUUGUUUCUUGCUCACUUCAGUUUGAACUGGAUACGUUAUUUUCCAAACCAGUUAUUUGGGUUUUUGUUUGAUCA